AUGAACGAAUUUUGCAAACGCCGACCCCCGACCUUCAAUGGAGAUACCAACCCCACCGUAGCUGAAACAUGGCUGAAGGAAGUCAAGGUGAUCCUGGACACCUUGGAGAUUACCCGAAAUGGAGAUCGUGUAGCCUUAGCCACAUACCAGCUAAAAGGAGAAGCCCGUUAUUGGUGGGAUUUGAUAGAGGCAACCCAUACCAUAGCCACAAUGACCUUCGACGAGUUCGAGACCCUGUUUCUUGACAAGUACUUCCCCACCCCUCUUCGUUUGGUCAAGGAACAAGAGUUUCUAAAUCUGAAACAAGGAACGAUGACUGUUACCCAAUACGCGGCCAAGUUCGAGGAACUGUCCCGCUACGCCCUAGCCGCCAUGGCAACGGAGGACAAGAAAGCGAGAAGGUUUGAAUGGGGGCUGACAACUGCUAGAAGGGCUGUGGUGUCUCAAGUCUUUCCCACUUAUGCCGGUGCCGUGAAGUGUGCUCUUCGACUGGAGAGUGAGGAAAAUGACUUCAAAGCCCAAUGGAAGAAGGCGACAGGCAACACUGGUGGACCUAUCCGAACUCAACCUUCCAACAACAACUGCGGACCCACCCUACCAAACCCUUCACCUCGUCGCAAAACAACCAACCUUGGAAGAUUGUUACACCAGGAUGUGGCAAACAAUAGAGGGGUGGCAGAAACAUAG